AUGUUACACCUCGACUUGCUGCCUCCCGUCGUCGCUGCUCUCGUCUUCGUGCUCCUUCUUCACUUAGCAGCCUAUUUCUUUGACCCGUACGGCUUUCGUUCUUUCCCCGGCCCUUUCCUCGCAAAGUUCUCUGACGCAUGGUUGGGAUGGGUAUCAUAUGGGGGUCACCGCUCCGAGACAGUGCAUGAGAUGCACAAGAAGUAUGGUACCUUUGUGAGAAUAGCACCCAACCACCUUUCUAUCGCUUCCCCGGAGGCUCUACAGGUCGUGUAUGCGCAUGGCAAUGGUGCCUUGAAAUCGCCCUUCUACGAUGCCUUUGUCUCGAUUCAAAGGGGCCUCUUCAACACUCGGGAUCGCGCUCAACACAGCCGUAAGCGAAAGAUCAUAUCGCAUAUAUUCUCGCAGAAGAGCGUCUUGGAAUUCGAACCGAGUCUCCGCCUUUAUGUUGGACAACUUAUCAGUCAAUGGGAGCGCUUGUUUGACGGUGCCAUCAAGGGCGAGUCGGGUACUGAGGGUGACGGAGGCUGGUCCGGUCACGACGGUCGCCUCUGGCUUGACUGUCUUCCUUGGACCAACUACCUCGCAUUCGACAUAAUCGGUGAUCUCGCCUUUGGCGCACCCUUCGGAAUGAUCAUGGCCGCCAAAGACUCUGCCCCGGUUCCCAAGAACAACGAGGAAGGCCUAGCUACUAUCGGUGAAAAGAAAUCCUGCGCGGUCGUCGAGAUACCAGCCGUCCAAAUUCUAAACGACCGAGGCGAGUUUUCAAUGACCAUGGGCGUCUUUCCCUCCUGGUGGCGUCCCAUCGCGCGAAAACUGCCAAUAUUCCAAGUCGGAGGUAAAGCGGUAAAGUCUCUCGCCGGUAUCGCUAUCAUGGCUGUUGCGAAACGGCUGGCAAUACCUACGGAUAGAACUGAUUUACUCAGCAAGCUCCAAGUCGGCAAAGAUGACAAGGGCAAACCCAUGGGUCGAGAAGAACUUACUGCCGAAGCUCUCACGCUUCUCAUAGCAGGCUCGGAUACUACGUCCAAUUCCACUUGUGCUAUAAUCUACUACCUUGCCAGAAACCCGCACGUCCAAGCCAAACUGCACAAAGAACUCGACGAGCAGCUCAACGACUCGGUAUCGACAGCCGACGAGGUGAAGAACCUCCCUUACCUCGACGCAUGUAUCAAUGAAGGUUUGCGGUUGCACUCGACGUCUGCUCUGGGUCUCCCACGGAUUGUUCCCGAAGGAGGGAUGACGGUCCAUGGACACCAUUUCCCUGAGGGUGCGAUUUUGAGUGUGCCGAGUUAUACAAUCCACCGGGACCCUGUGGUGUGGGGGGAUGACAUUGAAGAGUACAGGCCUGAGAGAUGGUUUGAGAGGGAUAAUGGGCUCAUCCAGAAGACAUUCAACCCGUUCUCCCUUGGGCCGAGGGCGUGCGUAGGGCGUAAUCUCGCAUCGUUGGAGUUGCAGAUCAUCGUUUCGUCGAUUUUGAGGAGGUUCCAUUUCGUGUUAGAGGAUCCUGAUGCGGAGUUACCGACGAGGGAGGGUUUCUUGAGGAAGCCGUUGAAGUGCAGGGUGGGUAUCAAGAGGCGCGAUGUACUCUGA